GGCGCGGUGGCGAAGGCGCGGCGCGCGAUGGCAGCUGCUUAGCUCGGCGGGCGCGGAGCAGCCCCGAGCUGUGGCUGGCCAAACGGUGCGGCUGGGCGGGGGACCCCGCUGCCGCUGCAGCCCGGCCGGGAGAGAUGAGCGCGGAGGCUGGCGAGGGCAUCACUUUCUCCGUGCCACCCUUCACCCCCUCGGGCUUCUGCACCAUCCCCGAGGGCGGCAUCUGCAGGAGGGGAGGAGCGGCGGCGGUGGCCGAGGGCGACGAGAGCCAGCUACAGCCGCCACCACCGGGCAGCUUCUGGGACGUGGAGAACGCCGCCGCCCCUGGUACCGGGUGUCCCGCUGCUACCUCCGGGAGCAGUGCCACCCGGUGCCGGGGCAACUCUGGUGGCGGGGGCAGCCGACGGACCACGGUGGCAUAUGUGAUCAACGAAGCGAGCCAGGGGCAGCUGGUGGUGGCCGAGAGUGAGGCCCUGCAGAGCCUGCGGGAGGCGUGCGAGGCGGUGGGCGCCACUCUGGAGACCCUGCAUUUUGGUAAACUGGACUUUGGGGAAACUACCGUGCUGGACCGUUUUUACAAUGCAGAUAUCGCUGUGGUGGAGAUGAGCGAUGCCUUCCGGCAGCCGUCCUUGUUCUACCACCUUGGGGUGAGAGAAAGCUUCAGUAUGGCCAACAACAUCAUCCUCUACUGUGAUACUAACUCAGACUCGCUGCAGUCGCUGAAGGAAAUCAUUUGCCAGAAGAAUACUAUGUGCACUGGGAACUACACCUUUGUUCCUUACAUGAUAACUCCACACAACAAGGUCUACUGCUGUGACAGCAGCUUCAUGAAGGGCUUGACAGAGCUCAUGCAACCCAACUUCGAGCUGCUGCUGGGACCCAUCUGCUUACCUCUUGUGGAUCGUUUCAUUCAACUUUUGAAGGUGGCACAAGCAAGUUCCAGCCAGUAUUUCCGGGAAUCUAUACUCAACGAUAUCAGGAAAGCUCGUAAUUUAUACACUGGUAAAGAAUUGGCAGCUGAAUUGGCAAGAAUUCGGCAGCGAGUAGAUAAUAUUGAAGUCUUGACAGCAGAUAUUGUCAUAAAUCUGUUACUUUCCUACAGAGAUAUCCAGGACUAUGAUUCUAUCGUGAAGCUGGUAGAGACUUUAGAAAAGCUGCCAACCUUUGAUUUGGCCUCCCAUCCCCAUGUGAAGUUUCAUUAUGCAUUUGCACUGAAUAGGGUACAUAACUAUCGGAACCAAUUAGUUAAGGUUAAUACUGAUUUGAUUUUUCUUUUCAUUCAGAGGUUCAAAAAGGCAUUUGAAUCCGAGCCAACACUACAGUCAGGAAUUAAUUAUGCGGUCCUCCUCCUGGCAGCUGGGCACCAGUUUGAAUCUUCCUUUGAGCUCCGGAAAGUUGGGGUGAAGCUAAGUAGCCUUCUUGGUAAAAAGGGAAACUUGGAAAAACUGCAGAGCUACUGGGAAGUUGGAUUCUUUCUUGGGGCCAGUGUCCUGGCCAAUGACCAUAUGAGAGUCAUUCAAGCAUCUGAAAAGCUGUUUAAACUGAAGACACCAGCAUGGUACCUCAAGUCUAUUGUAGAGACAAUUUUGAUAUAUAAGCAUUUUGUGAAACUGACUACAGAACAGCCUGUUGCCAGGCAAGAACUUGUGGACUUUUGGAUGGAUUUCCUGGUGGAGGCCACAAAGACAGAUGUUACUGUAGUUAGGUUUCCAGUAUUAAUAUUAGAACCAACCAAAAUCUAUCAACCUUCUUAUUUGUCUAUCAACAAUGAAGUCGAGGAAAAGACAAUAUCUAUUUGGCAUGUGCUUCCUGAUGACAAGAAAGGCAUACACGAGUGGAAUUUUAGUGCUUCUUCUAUCAGGGGAGUGAGCAUUUCUAAAUUUGAAGAACGAUGCUGCUUUCUUUAUGUGCUUCAUAAUUCUGACGAUUUCCAAAUCUAUUUCUGUACAGAACUUCAUUGUAAAAAGUUUUUUGAAAUGGUGAACACCAUUACAGAAGAGAAGGGGAGAAGCACAGAGGAAGGAGAGUGUGAAAGUGACUCCCUGGAGUAUGACUAUGAAUAUGAUGAGAAUGGUGACAGAGUCGUUUUAGGAAAAGGUACUUACGGGAUAGUCUACGCAGGUCGAGACAUGAGCAACCAAGUCAGAAUUGCUAUCAAGGAAAUCCCAGAGAGAGACAGCAGAUACUCUCAGCCCUUACAUGAAGAAAUAGCACUGCACAAGCACUUGAAGCACAAAAAUAUUGUCCAGUAUCUGGGCUCCUUCAGUGAGAAUGGUUUCAUUAAAAUCUUCAUGGAACAGGUCCCGGGAGGAAGUCUUUCUGCUCUUCUUCGUUCCAAAUGGGGCCCGUUAAAAGACAAUGAGCAAACAAUUGGCUUUUAUACAAAGCAAAUACUGGAAGGAUUAAAAUACCUCCAUGACAAUCAGAUUGUUCACAGGGACAUAAAGGGUGACAAUGUGUUGAUUAAUACCUACAGUGGCGUUCUCAAGAUCUCUGACUUUGGGACAUCAAAGAGGCUUGCUGGCAUAAACCCAUGUACUGAAACUUUUACUGGCACCCUUCAGUAUAUGGCACCAGAAAUAAUAGAUAAAGGACCAAGAGGCUACGGAAAAGCAGCCGACAUUUGGUCUUUGGGCUGCACCAUCAUUGAAAUGGCCACAGGAAAACCACCGUUUUAUGAACUGGGAGAACCACAAGCGGCUAUGUUCAAGGUGGGAAUGUUUAAAGUCCACCCUGAGAUCCCGGAGUCCAUGUCCGCAGAGGCCAAGGCGUUCAUAUUGAAAUGUUUUGAACCUGACCCUGACAAGAGAGCCUGCGCUAAUGACUUGCUUAUUGAUGAGUUCUUGAAAGUUUCAAGCAAAAAGAAAAAGACACAACCUAAGCUUUCAGCAGAGUAUCUCAGGAGUAUAUCCUUGCCGGUACCCGUCCUGGUGGAGGAUACCAGCAGCAGCAGUGAGUAUGGCUCAGUCUCACCCGACACGGAGUUAAAGGUGGACCCCUUCUCUUUCAAAACAAGAGCCAAAUCCUGCGGAGAAAGAGAUGUAAAAGGAAUUCGGACACUCUUUUUAGGCAUUCCAGAUGAAAAUUUUGAAGAUCACAGUGCACCCCCUUCCCCUGAAGAAAAAGAUUCCGGAUUCUUUAUGCUGAGGAAGGACAGUGAAAGGCGGGCCACGCUUCACAGGAUCCUGACGGAAGACCAAGACAAAAUUGUGAGAAACCUAAUGGAAUCCUUAGCUCAGGGGGCUGAAGAACCUAAACUAAAAUGGGAGCACAUCACAACCCUCAUUGCAAGCCUCAGAGAAUUUGUGAGAUCCACUGACCGAAAAAUCAUAGCCACCACGCUGUCGAAGCUGAAAUUGGAGCUAGACUUCGACAGCCAUGGCAUUAGCCAAGUCCAGGUGGUGCUCUUCAGUUUUCAAGAUGCUGUCAAUAAAGUUCUCCGGAAUCACAACAUCAAGCCGCACUGGAUGUUUGCCUUAGACAGUAUCAUCCGGAAGGCGGUACAGACAGCUAUUACCAUUCUGGUUCCAGAACUGAGACCACAUUUCAGCCUUGCAUCGGAAAGUGAUACCGCUGACCAAGAAGAUUUGGAUGUGGAAGACGACCAUGAGGAACAGCCUUCUAAUCAAACUGUCCGAAGACCUCAGGCCGUCAUAGAAGACGCUGUGGCUACCUCAGGGGUGAGCACGCUCAGUUCUACCGUAUCCCACGAUUCCCAGAAUGCCCACCGAUCACUGAGCAUACAGCUCGGAAGGAUGAAAAUAGAAACUAAUAGAUUACUGGAAGAAUUGGUUCAGAAAGAGAAAGAAUUACAAGCACUCCUUCAUCAAGCUAUUGAAGAAAAAGACCAAGAAAUUAAACACCUGAAGCUUAAGUCCCAACCCACAGAAACUCUUGGGUUGUCUGUGUAUCCCCUAAAUUCUCCUGGCACAAAUACUGAAGAUUCCGAACUUACUGACUGGCUGAGAGAAAAUGGAGCUGAUGAAGACACUAUAAGCCGGUUUUUGGAUGAGGAUUACACGCUAACAGAUGUCCUCUUCUGUGUUACACGCGAUGAUUUAAAAUGCCUGAGACUAAGGGGAGGGAUGCUAUGCACGCUGUGGAAGGCCAUCAUUGACUUUCGAAACAAACAGACUUGACUGUCACUCAAUUUAAUCUUCGGUGGAGAUUCUAAAAGUUAAUACAGAACUGAUCUUCUUGGGGGAGGGAGAAUUGAAGGGAGAGGAGAAAGAAGCUGCACUUUAAAUCCAGUAUUUGUUUACUCAUGUUAAAAAAAAAAAAAA